AUGGGGUUAUCUGAGUUUCAAAAGGCACGAGUAGAGAACAUUGAGAGGAACCGAGCACUUCUUCGUCAGUUGGAGUUGGAAGGUUUAAGUGAAUCUAUUUCGAACGAUGUUGGUGGUAGUGACGGUAAAGAUCACGUUUCUAAGAAACCAAAGAAUUCAAGAACUCGGUCCAAAGUCACUCCAGUGAAACGAGAACCCUCAGAACCUACUAGAAGGUCUCGACGGAUCAUGGGCAUAAAGGUUGAGAAUAGCGAAGAGUUUAGUAAGCUAAGAGAGGAGGAAGAACGCGUCGCACAGAGGAAACGUCAAUUGGAGACCCUUAGACUGACUCGUUUGAUUGGUGACUUCCUGUUGAGUGAUUUGCUUACUGAUAAGAAACUGGGAUCUCUUAAACAUGAAGAUAGAGUCAUUAAACUCCCUGAUGAAUUGAAAUCGGAAGAAAAUGAUGUCAUUAAAGGGGAGGAUAUUGGUGGUUCUAUUGCUACUUCGGAAGAAACUGAAGUACUUGCUAUAUUGCAACUGUUGGGGGACAAGUUUUCUGCUGGAGAUUUCUAUGAAACCAUUCGCAAUCUGAAGACGACAGAGUAUGCUUCCGAUAAAGAUCUUCAAAAGAAAAGACUUGAGUUUGAUAAGUUACAUGUUUAUGAGAAAUAUGACCCUUUAGCCAUCAAAAUAACUCAUGCCAGAAUAACUUCAAUGGCUUUCCAUCCUUCUACAACUGAUAGAUUGGUUUUCGCUGGAGACACGGUAGGUCAUCUUGGAAUGUGGUCAAUUGAUAAUCAAAGUAGUGCUACCGACGAACCUACUAUUAGUAUAUUGAAACCACAUGGUAAGGCCAUUUCAAAGAUAGUUGUUCAUGAUAAAACUAAAGUCCUUUCAAGUUCAUAUGAUGGAUCUGUUCGCCAAUUGGAUUUAAAUAAGUUAACGUCUUCGGAAUUAACUCACUUGAUUGACCCUUUCUAUGAUAAUGAAACCAUUGGAGUAUCAGAUAUUAAUUUGUGUGACGAUGGGAAUUCUCUUUAUAUGACAUCGCUUUCAGGAAGUUUCUACAAACAAGAUCUUCGAGAACCUCUCAAGACUCCUACAAAGAAGAACUUAUUAAGAUUGCAUGAUAAGAAGAUUGGAUCUUUCAGUAUCAAUCCUAAUGCUAGUCAUCAAAUAGCCACAGCUUCGUUGGAUCGGACACUAAGAGUUUGGGAUUUACGUCAAUGUAGUGGGAAGAAUAGUUGGUGGUCAGAUUAUGAACAUCAAAUUUCUCCUCAUUGUUAUGGAACAUAUGGAUCUUCACUUUCAGUUUCAUGUGUUGAUUGGAAUUCACAGAAUCACUUGGUUUGCAAUGGAUACGAUAAUUAUAUUCUGUUAUUUGAUUUCAAUGGGACUGAAUCGGAAUAUCCUUUAGUCACCACAUGGGCAAAUGAUUUCCAGCCAAAUACGGACAAUAAGAAGGAGAAGACUAGCAAAAAGACUGAAGAUCAUCAAUUACCUGAGAAUCUCAAACCAUUCACUAAGAUUAGACACAACUGUCAAACAGGUAGAUGGGUAUCUAUUUUGAAAUCUAAAUGGCAGACUAACCCUAAAGAUGAUGUUCAAAAGUUUGUUAUCGCAAAUAUGAAUCGAGGACUUGAUAUUUAUGAUCAAAAGGGACAAAUUCUAGGUCAUUUAACUGAUAAUGAACUUGUGGGAGCCGUUCCAGCAGUUGCAACGUUCCAUCCAACAGAGAAUUGGGUUAUAGGAGGAAGUGCCAGUGGGAAGGUUUACUUCUUUGAACAAUGA